UUUUCCUAUGUACUUUUAACCUCAACAUUAUCUUUCAACGAAAAUAACUAUAUUCAUUUAUACUCUAAGCGUCGAAUGUUUUCUGUGGACGAAAUGGUGGCUUCUGUGAUUGUUUCUAAAAGUUUCAAUUUUCUUUACUUUAUAUUAUAAUUUACUGAUAAAGUACUCGAAUAAAAUGUAUUCUCAGUGAUUUAUAAAUUUAAUAGAAUGUUAAUAUCCUUGGAUAUAUCGUGAAAUAUAAUUGUUCCUUUUAUUCCCGCGUUUUCCGACUUCAUUCAUUUUUGUACUAUCGAAGUUUAUUACUAACUCUGAAAAAAUUAAAUUGUACGAUCAAUUUAUCACAAAAACUAAUGCAAUCUUUUAGUACAUCGAAGAAAAAAAUCAUUUGACUUUUAUUAUUAUUUAUUAAUAAGAAAAUCUGAUUUAAAGAAAUAAUAUAAAAUACGUUGCAUGUAUAACUAUUCAUUUCAUAGAUGCACUAUUCUCUUUGCUUGUGUGAACAUUUCCGAAGAAAAAAAAACGUGUAAUUAUAAAAUACAAAUACCGAAAUUAUAAUCGACAAUAUUUUUUGUGUGAUAAUUUAUUGCUGAUACUUACAUAUGAAAUCUAAAAAUUCUUUUUUAGGUUUGGUGCAAAUUUACAAGUAUUUGAAAGACUGUGUGUGUGUGUUUGUGCGAGCAUGCGCGCGUGUGUUAUCAAUUAGUCCAAAUCUUUAUACUACUUGUUUUUUCUUUUUCUUUUCUUUUAUUUUUCUAGAAAUUAGUAAAAAAAUUUUUAAGUUAAAUUGUAUUAAAAAAAAUGGUACCACCUAAAUUACCAAUUGGACAAGCUAGAUCAAAUGGAGCUACUAUACAGUUAAGAAAAGGAAUUUCUACACGAAGUCAGAAUAUACUUAUCAAUAAUGCAUUGCUCAAACAACCAAUUUUAAACAAAGAUCUUCGUUCUAAAAGAAAAGCAGAUGCAUCACCACUGAAGGAUAAAACCGUUAAAAGAUCUGCUUUGGGAAAUAUUACAAAUGCUAUUGGAAAACCAUUUGGAACUCAACAACAAGAACCAAAGAAAGUAGUUAAGAAGAUUGCUACAAAAACCAAAACACUUCUUCAAAUUAAUUCAAAUAAAGUAGCAGAGAAAAUAGUUCCAAAAACAGAUGUAGUAAUAAAGCCAAAGCCAAUACAACGUAUUAAAGCAAUUAAGCAAGAAGAUGACAAGUUGAAAACUAAUAAUACUGAAACUGUUAGACGUAGCAUAGACUCAGAAAAAUCUGGAGAUAAUUCGUUGUAUAUGAGUGCAUUGGAAGAUGUAUCGGAUAAUAGUAUAAAAAAAACUGAGAGAGAAAAUAACAAGGCUGAAAAAAAUGGAAAAAAUGAAAAAAGUGAGAAAAAUGAAAAAAAUGAGAAAAAUGAAAAAAAAGAAACGAAAGAAAUAAAAAUUGACGAUACUACAACAGGUAGAAAAGAAGAAAAAAUAUGUGUUACUAAUAAUUUAGAUGCUGUACCUGAAAGAAUAAUGCCUGAAGGUGUUCAAUGGGAUUUUGAUGCAGAAAAUUGGUUAGAUCCUUUCCAAGUAUCACAGUAUGCUACGGACAUUUUUAAUUAUUUAAAGGAAAGAGAAUGUUUAUUCCCUAUUGGAGAUUAUAUGGACAAACAAGUGUGUCUUUCGCGUUGGAUGCGAUCUCUGUUAGUAGAUUGGAUGGUUGAAGUACAAGAAUCUUUUGAACUUAACCAUGAAACUUUAUAUUUGGCUGUGAAAUUAGUUGAUCUCUAUUUAACAAAAGUCACAGUUGGUACAGAAACUCUGCAACUAUUAGGUGCUUCGAGUCUUUUUAUAGCCAGUAAAUAUGAUGAAAGGAUACCUCCAAUGGUUGAAGAUUUCUUGUAUAUAUGUGAUGGUGCUUAUACACAGAGAGAUCUUAUCAAAAUGGAAAUAAGUGUUUUGAAAGUAAUAGAUUUUGAUUUGGGUAUACCUCUUUCGUAUAGAUUUCUUAGGCGAUAUGCUAGGUGUGCAAAAGUAUCAAUGCCAACGUUAACUCUGGCUCGAUAUAUCUUAGAAUAUUCAUUAAUGGAUUAUUCAACUAUUAGAUAUAGUGAUAGUAAAAUGGCAGCAUCUGCUCUUCUUCUUGCACUUCAAAUGAAAGAUUUAGGUGGAUGGACUCCAACUUUAGAAUAUUACAGUGGUUAUAAAGUUGAUGAUAUAAGAGAUAUUGUUCGCGUUUUAAAUGAAGGAUUACAUAGAAAACAUAAAGAAGCAUUAGUAACAAUUUACAAUAAAUACAGUCACAAGAUAUUCUUCGAAGUAGCAAAACUGCCGUUAAAAGAUACUUUAGAUAUUUAAAUACAUUAAAUAAGAGUUUAAAUGUAGAUAGAUGCUUGUGUAAUUAUUUUAAUGCAUAGAUUUUACUAUUAUUAUUGGUUAAUCUAUGUAUAAACUAAGAUUCGAUAAAAACAAACAAGCAUCAAUAUGCAGAUCGUGAUACACGGAUAAGCACAGUUUGUUUAAUGAAUAAGAAAAAUGAAAAUAUUUUCGAGUAAUUGUAAUUACUGUCGUAAAAUAUUUAGAUGAAGUAUAUUGAAUGACAUUGAAGCUCAA